CCGGGCCUUUUGCCUUCUCUCCCUCUUCCCAACAUGGCGGCCUCAGAAGGAGACGCGAAGACUGCUCAAGCUAAGAAGAAGAACAAGAAGGGGAAGACCCUGACUCUGACGGACUUUUUAGCAGAGGAUGGCGGUGGUGGUACCACCUUUGUCCCAAAACCAGUCAGCUGGGCAGAUGAGACAGACGACCUGGAAGGAGAUGUUUCAACCACCUGGCAUAGCAACGAUGACGAUGUGUACCGAGCCCCUCCGAUUGACCGUUCCAUCCUGCCCACUGCACCUCGGGCAGCUCGGGAGCCCAAUAUUGACAGAAGCCGUCUCCCAAAGUCACCCCCCUACACUGCCUUCCUGGGAAACUUGCCCUAUGAUGUAACGGAAGAGUCUAUCAAGGACUUCUUCAGAGGACUUAAUAUAAGUGCUGUUCGUUUGCCACGGGAGCCUAGUAAUCCAGACAGGUUGAAAGGAUUUGGAUAUGCUGAGUUCGAAGACCUAGACUCCUUGCUCAGUGCUUUGAGCCUCAACGAAGAGUCCCUAGGGAACAGGAGAAUACGAGUGGAUGUUGCUGAUCAAGCUCAGGAUAAAGACAGGGAUGAUCGCUCUUUCGGAAGAGACCGUGAUCGAAACCGGGAUACGGAGAGAUUUGAAUCAGACUGGAGGGCUCGUCCUGCUACGGAUAGCUUUGAUGACUACCCUCCCCGCAGGAGCGAGGAUAGUUUUGGAGACAGGUAUCGUGACCGUGAUCGCUAUGAUUCGGAUCGGUACCGUGAUGCCCCCCGAAGAGAGAUGGACCGUUUUGGGGGCAGGGAUCGUUACGAUGACCGUAGAGAUUAUGAUAGAGGAGGUUUCGACUCGAGGUCAGGCAGUGGCAGUGGCAGUGGCAGAAGAGCCUUUGGCAGUGGAUACCGUCGGGACGAUGAUUACAGGGGUGGUGGUGACCGCUAUGAGGACCGUUAUGAGAGGCGGGAUGAUCGGAUGGAUAGGUGGAGCAGCUCGCGGGAUGACUAUUCCAGGGAUGACAACCGGCGGGAUGAGAGAGGUCCCACUCAGAGGCCAAAAUUGAAUCUGAAGCCCCGGAGCACACCCAAGGAUGAAGAUACUUCUGUAGCUCCUGCUACCCAGUCUAGCCGUGCAGCCUCCAUCUUUGGCGGAGCCAAGCCUGUGGACACCGCUGCAAGGGAGCGUGAAGUAGAAGAGAGGCUACAGAAGGAGCAAGAGAAGCUGCAGCGCCAACUGGAAGAUGAUAAGCCAAGGCUAGAACGACGACCCCGGGAGCGACACCCCAGCUGGCGCAGUGAAGAUAAUCAGGAGCGGUCGCGGACAGGGAGCGAGUCCUCACAGACUGGCAGUACAACCCCUUCUGUGGGGACAGGCCCAACAGGAAGAACCACACGAAGGAGGGAAAGUGAGAAAUCAUUGGAAAAUGAAAGCAUCGGCAAGGAGGAUGAAGGCAUAUCUCCCACCUCCAAGACUCCCAGGGAAGAGAAGCUUCCCCUGAAAGUGAUGCCAGCUCCUCCGCCAAAAGAAAAUGCCUGGGUGAAACGCAGCAACUCGCACCCGGCACGCUCACAGAGCUCCGACUCAGACCAGCAUUCCCCUACAAGUGGCAGCCAGGCUAUACCAUCCCUACCAUCAGAAGAUGGAGUGGCCCCCAAGAACACCCCAAGGAAAGGAGAUGAAAACAGACCUGACGGGGGACAGGAGAGUGUUCCAAAAGGCCGAAGUGAGAGCACUGGCCGUGCUCCAGGAGAUGGAGGCAGCAGAGACCAUUGGCAAGACUCAGAUAGAAAAGAAAGCCAGGAGUAUGACUCAAGAUCUGCAUCUGAGCCAAAGACAUUCGAAGAGAACCCUACCCCUAAAUUUAGCUGUGCUAGCAAGUAUGCUGCUUUGUCGGUGGAUGGUGAUGAUGAAGCCGAGGGAGAUGAGUAUGCUGACUAAAUUCUCCAGCCCCUCCAUGUCAUCUCCUAACCGGUUGCCACCCAGGAACAUUCAGAGAGCAAAACCAAACCUUUAUUCAGACAAGACAGAAAAAUAAAAGCCUACAAGUCAA